UGGUGGCAAACUGAGAAAUUAAGAGAAAUGAAGAAGAACAACAUGCAACUGAAAACCCAGUUGUGGUUCUUCAUCUUCUGUUUCCUCUACUGUUACAUUGGUUGUUAUUUUUUCGGUUCUGUUGCUGCAGUUGAUGAUGAAGUAACAGUUCUACUUUCCAUAAAAGCGGGUCUUGUUGAUCCAUUAGACAGCCUCCAGGAUUGGAAAUUGCCAGAGAAUGCAGCCCCGAAGUAUGCAGCUCACUGUAACUGGACUGGUGUGUGGUGCAACUCCAAUGGGGCUGUUGAGAAGCUUGAUCUCUCCUACAUGAAUCUCAGUGGCCUCGUGUCAGAUGAUAUCCAACGGCUGCAAAGUCUCACUUCUCUCAACUUGUGCUGCAAUGCAUUUUCUUCUUCAUUGCCAAAAUCAAUUUCCAAUCUCACAGCAUUGAAGAGCCUUGAUAUCAGCAAUAAUUCUUUUGUUGGAGCUUUUCCAGGAGGAGGCCUAGGAAGGCUAACAACCUUGAAUGCUUCAAGCAACGAUUUCUCGGGUUUUCUUCCUGAGAAUUUUGGAAAUGCUACUUCCCUGGAGAGCCUGGAUCUCAGAGGGAAUUUCUUCCAAGGCUCAAUUCCAAAGUCCUUCAAGAACUUGCAGAAGUUGAAGUUUCUUGGCCUUGCUGGUAAUAACCUCACAGGCAACAUCCCGGGAGAGCUUGGGCAGCUUUCAUCACUGGAGAAGAUUAUUCUUGGGUACAAUGAAUUUGAAGGUGAAAUCCCUGCAGAGUUUGGGAAUCUCACUAAUCUCAAGUAUCUUGAUUUGUCGCCGGGCAAUCUUAGCGGCAAGAUUCCAGCUGAAUUGGGGAGGUUAAAGCUACUAGAGACUGUAUACUUGUACAAGAACAAUUUUGAAGGCAGUAUUCCACCAGCUAUUGGCAACAUAACUGCAUUAAUUUUGCUGGAUCUCUCUGAUAACAUGUUAUCAGGGAAAAUUCCAGCAGAGAUGGCUGAGCUGAAGAACUUGCAGCUCUUGGAUCUAAAGUGCAACCAGUUGUCAGGUCCAGUUCCUAUUGGACUAGGAGGUUUGACUCAAUUACGGGUUCUUGAGCUGUGGAACAAUUCUUUUUCAGGUCCAUUGCCAAGUGAUCUAGGCGAGAAUUCACCAUUGCAGUUGUUGGAUGUAUCAUCCAAUGCAUUCUCUGGGGAGAUUCCAGCAACCUUGUGCAAUGGGGGCAAUCUCACAAAGCUCAUUCUUUUCAACAAUGCCUUCUCGGGGCCGAUUCCAGUUGGCUUAUCAACAUGUCUCUCACUUAUCCGUGUUCGAAUGCAGAAUAAUCUUCUUUCUGGGACAAUUCCUCGGGGCCUUGGCCAACUAGGGAAGCUUGACAGGUUAGAAUUGGCAAAUAAUAGUCUCACUGGUCAGAUCCCAGAUGAUAUGGGUUCUUCUACAUCGCUUUCUUUUAUUGAUUUCUCUAGAAACCGCCUCCAGUCUUCUCUUCCUUCCACCAUUCUUUCCAUUCCAAAACUGCAAACCUUCAUGGCCUCAAACAAUAACUUAGAAGGUGAAAUCCCUGACCAAUUCCAGGACUGUCCUUCACUUUCUGUUCUUGAUCUCUCAUUGAACCAUUUCUCUGGAAGCAUUCCAGCAAGCAUUGCUUCAUGUCAGAGAUUGGUUUUUUUGAAUCUCAGGAACAACCAACUGACUGGACAAAUCCCAAAGCCAAUUGCGAUGAUGCCCACAUUGGCCACUCUUGAUCUAUCCAAUAACUCUCUUACUGGUGGAAUACCAGAAAAUUUUGGAAUUUCUCCAGCCUUAGAAAUGCUCAAUGUUGCAUACAACAAGCUAGAAGGUCCUGUUCCAACAAAUGGUGUGCUAAGAACUAUAAACCCAGAUGAUCUUGUGGGCAAUGCUGGUCUCUGUGGUGGUGUACUCCCUCCAUGCCAUGGAAAUUUGGCAUUCAAAGCAAGCCAUGGGAGCUUGCGCGCAAAGCACAUAAUUGCUGGAUGGAUCAUUGGAAUUUCAUCUUUUUUAGCAAUUAUGUUUGCUCUUUUUGGUGCUCUGACUCUGUAUAAAAGGUGGUAUUCAAAUGGAAGCUGCUUUGAAGAAAAAUAUGAAACAGGCAAUGGGGAGUGGCCAUGGAGAUUGAUGGCAUUCCAAAGGCUUGGCUUCACAACUGCUGACAUUCUAGCUUGCAUCAAGGAAUCAAAUGUAAUUGGUAUGGGAGCAACUGGGACUGUGUAUAAGGCUGAGAUGCCUCGACUGAAUACAACUGUGGCAGUCAAAAAGUUAUGGAGAUCAGAAGCUGAUAUUGAAACCGGAAGCGGAAAUGAUCUUGUUGGAGAGGUGAAUCUCCUGGGAAGGCUAAGGCAUCGGAAUAUUGUUCGGUUAUUAGGAUGUAUUCAUAAUGACACCAAUGUGAUGAUAAUCUAUGAGUUUAUGCAAAAUGGGAACCUUGGGGAAGCCUUGCAUGGCAAGCAAGCAGGAAAGUUGCUUGUAGACUGGGUUUCUCGGUAUAACAUAGCACUUGGAGUCGCGCAGGGGCUUUCUUAUCUCCACCAUGAUUGUCACCCACCAGUCAUCCAUCGAGACAUCAAGUCGAAUAACAUACUGCUUGAUGCAAAUCUUGAGGCAAGGAUUGCAGAUUUUGGGUUGGCAAGGAUGAUGAUCAGGAAGAAUGAGACAGUUUCAAUGGUUGCAGGAUCCUAUGGAUAUAUUGCUCCAGAAUAUGGAUACACCUUGAAGGUAGAUGAAAAGAUUGACAUAUAUAGUUUUGGAGUUGUUCUACUGGAGCUUCUCACAGGAAAGAGGCCUUUAGAUCCUCAGUUUGGAGAGUCUGUUGACAUUGUGGAGUGGAUACGAUGGAAAAUUAGAGACAAUAAAUCAUUAGAAGAAGCCCUAGACCCCAUUGCAGGAAAUUGCAAGCAUGUUCAGGAAGAGAUGCUCUUAGUCCUCAGAAUAGCACUUCUUUGCACUGCCAAGCUCCCAAGGGACAGGCCCUCAAUGAGGGAUGUCAUCACAAUGCUAGGAGAGGCAAAGCCUCGGAGAAAAAGCAGCAGCAAUAACGAUGGACUUACCACUAACAAGGAGAAACCAGUAUUUAGCACAUCACCUGUAAAUGGCCUUCUCUAGGAACUAAAUUGUGUUCCUUCCCAGUUCCCCCUCGGCUGUGAUUUUGUUAAAUUUGUUCUUUUGUAUGUAGAUUUGUCUGUUAAUGUUUGUAAUCACCGUUUCAUAUUGGUGCCUAAAAAUUAACGGGUAUUUGAAAUUAGAUUUUC